AUGGCUACCACAACCACAGAACAUACAGCUACGCCAGUCCUAUCCUAUGUGCAAGUCCCAGAAACAUCCGAAAACCUCGACUGGGCAGAUCUCGUCACACUCAACCUCUCCAAAUUCGACAGACCAGGCGGAAAACAAGAACUAGCCACCCAAUUCCGAAAGGCCAUGGAAGAUAUCGGUUCUUUCUAUGUCAAAAACCACGGCCUAAGCGACGCUGAUAUCGAUACUCAAUUUGCCCUCGCCAAAUCCAUCCUCUCCCUCUCAAAUGAAGAGAAACAACCAUACCGCGCCGCCCUCGAACAGGGUGACUAUAACGGCUGGAAACCCGCCGGAACACGAAACCUGAUCCCGGGCGUCAAGGACAAUUUUGAGAUCUAUAACAUCCCUAAAUUCAUUCCUGAGCAUGCUAAUAGAUUACAUCCUGAGAUUGUGAAGGAGUAUUGGGAUACUAUCAAGCAGUUUUCGACGCAUAUCCAUGACCAGAUUGUGAAGAAGUUGCUUAUUAUCAUUGCAGUGUCGUUGGGACUUGACGAUGAGGAGGUGCUGAUUAAUAAGCAUCGAUAUGAGAAGAGGAGUGGUGAUCAUUUGAGAUAUAUGAAGUAUUAUGCAAGAAGUGAAGAAGAGAACCGGAUGUUGGGUAGUGUUUGGCUUAAGGGACACUCUGACAUGGGAAGUUUGACCCUCCUGUUCCGUCAACCCGUAGCAGCGUUGCAGGUAUUAACCAAAGAUGGUACUUGGAAAUAUGUAAAACCGCAAAUGAAUGCCCUUACAGUCAAUAUUGCAGAUGGUCUUGAAUUUCUGACAAACGGCUUCCUCAAGUCAAGCAUCCACCGCGUCAUUGCCCCUCCCAAAGACCAAGCAUAUAUCGAUCGUCUUGGAGUCCUCUACAUGGUCCGUCUGGAAGAUGAUGCAGACCUCGUCCCCUUGAAAGAAUCGCCCGUUCUCCAGGAGUUAGGUCUCGUCAAUGAUCAGGUUUUGGGAAGUGAUGGUAAGCCCAUCAAUGCUGGUGAAUGGGUUAAGCAGAGAAUAAUCAAGAAUUUGGGAAAUUCCACGAGUCAGGAUGGAGAUAAUGAGGUUGGAGAUGUGGAGAUCGUGAAGGGUGUGGCGACUAAGUAUUAUGAUUAA